AAGAAAGUUGGAACAUCUGUCUUCUUUGUCUAUAGACUUCAAAUUUUGACUGAUUUUCCCUGCCUCUUCCGUUGUUACACUCAAUGCAGUGGCCUGUCUCUGUAAUACUCUAUGUAGGUUUGCUUUGAAAGUGACGAAAAUGCCCCUGGGAAAUAAAAUUGAGGUCCUGCAUUGAACCAAGUAAUUUGUGAAAAGCCUUUUUCCCAUGAAUAUUAGAGAAAUAGUUCAGACUCAUUUAACACUCGAAAGCUUUUUUCAAACACAUCCUGUUUGUUGGUAUCAACUAUUACUCUAUCAACAUUCCAGAAAAUCAAAAAGAAUCAAGAAAUUUCCCGAUUCCCAUUUUGACUUUAAUAAACAGUUCAUCGUAUCAGACUGCUUGAUUUUUCAUUUAUCAAUUAGAUUGUUUUAAUAAAACGUCGUUUUUAAAAAUUGUUAUUCAGAUCAUUAUUUACAGUCUGUAAACCAUCGGGACUUAAGUGGCGUUUGAUUUCCAUCAAUAAUUCACUGCAUAACAGCAAACUUCUACAUUUGAGUCCCCGUUAAAGAUAAUUAAUUGCGAAUGCUGGAUGACCUCUUCGGCCACUGCUUAUCAAAGUGAGAGUAAACCUGACACUUCAACCCUAAUAACUUGUGCGCGUCAGUCAUGCUGUAUUCUUAAUCCACCCCACCUCCCCUCUCCUGAGUUUUAUCUCUCUCCCCUCCCAGUUAAAUUCACACUUACUAGUACCCACGGCCUAUUAUACAUGUAGUCUAGCACAUCUAACGGCCAGCUUCAAUCUACAAAUUAAGCACCAGACAAUGGUACAAUUUCCCGUACAAUUUCCCGUUUACGUUUUUUUUGUGCUUAUCCGUGAUUUAAUUCAGGUGCAAAAAUUACCACCUACCUGCCUCUCUUUUGUUCAUUCGUAAACCAAUCUGACCUUUUCAUAUCACGUAAUAAUCAGUUUGUUCAUGAUUACUACUAGACAUUUAUGCCACCAACCUGUCCUAAAUAAUGUUAAAAAUGUCUACUUGAUGAAAUAUAUCUGUUUUUUCAUCUCUAUAAUCUGACGAAGGAAAUGAAAAAUCAUAAAAAUUGGGAGCCUCAAAAUUAGCUGCAUCCUUGUUUUAAAUUACUUGGGAAAUAAAUCGGGGCCUAAAAUUUGACACUGAGGCUGAUCCUCUUUUUUCUUUCCUACAAACAGAGCUGAAUCUCAUAUGCGGCCUAACCUCAGUAACUUUUUCAUUCUAAAUUGUGACCAACAUUUUGUUUCCCUUUAACAUCCUUAACGCUCGGUUGAUAUUUUGCCUUUGGUCUUUUGUCAUCAGCUGCACGGACACAGAAUUGUGUUGCCAAUUUUGGAUUUCUGCAUUUCGCUGCCAUUUGUUUUCACAGUGUGUUCAAAUUCGACCUGUGCACUAAUGUUCCCAUGGAAUGUGCAGUCUGCCGGAGAAAAAACACGGCUCUAGACAUCUUCAUCAACAACAACAGGAAGAACCUCAGAUUAGAUCAUCCAGUUGUGGGACUAGCAGCAGCAGAGUACAACUACCAUAUAGUAGUAGUGGUAGCAGCAAAGAGGGGUCCAAGGUGGUGUUGCGGGAACCCAGUGCAGUGGACAGGUGUAUCUACGCCAACUACGUAAAAAUAGGCAGACAGGGAUACUGCAUAGUCUCGCCCACUCGACAGAAACAAUACAGAGAGUACGUCACCAUGGAGCACAUAAUAGUUGCUAAAAACAAAUCAGAAGACAACUGUGCAGAUUCUAGUAGCGCGAAGUUUUCGGAAAAAGAAAGUAGUACCAUGAAUGGAUUUUCUGAGAAGCCAUCAGCCGCAACUGGAGAACAGCAGCCUAUUUGGGUGAAAAGAGACCCAAACAGCUCAAUGGUCAAUUCAAAGUCUUUCUCUACUGACGUUUGAGUCGGACGCGUUGCAACUUAUAUCAUUUCAUAUGCCAAUCAUUGCAAUUUACAUUAAAAUGUCCUCAAAUGUUAGCAUCAAUAAUGAAUGGGAAUUAAUUAUAAAUAAGAAUUACCGACACCGUGU